AUGGGUUGCAUUCAAAGCUUCAGGGAAUUGUGUGACCGUCCAAAACACACUAACGUUCGUCUGAGUCUGCCGGCAGUGUGCUUUGUGUGGCAAAUAGCCAUGAUCAUCUUGUUCGGAGUUUUUAUUCGUUACAAUGAAGAAUCAGAUCCACACUGGAUAGAGUACAGAAAAAAUAACAAUAUAUCAAGUGACAUUGAGAAUGACUUCUACUUUCGAUAUCCAAGUUUCCAAGAUGUCCAUGUGAUGAUCUUUGUUGGAUUUGGUUUCCUGAUGACAUUUCUUAAGCGGUACAGCUUUGGCGCAGUUGGUUUCAACUUCCUCAUCGCAGCCUUUGGCCUGCAAUGGGCACUGCUAAUGCAAGGCUGGUUCCAUGCCCUGGACUACACUGAUGGAAAGAUAAAGAUCGGAGUUGAAAACUUGAUCAAUGCUGACUUCUGUGUGGCGGGCUGCUUAAUCGCCUAUGGGGCAGUGCUGGGUAAAGUGAGUCCAGUCCAGUUGUUGGUUAUGACUUUGUUUGGGAUCACUUUGUUCGCUGUGGAGGAAUACAUUAUCCUGGAUCUCAUUCAUGCCAGAGAUGCCGGAGGCUCCAUGGUGAUCCACACAUUCGGAGGUUAUUAUGGUCUCGCCGUCUCAUGGAUGCUCUAUCGACCAAACCUGGACCAGAGCAGCCGUCUGCAAGGCUCCGUCUACCAUUCAGAUGUCUUUGCUAUGAUUGGCACACUCUUUCUGUGGAUGUUCUGGCCAAGCUUUAACUCAGCCAUCACAGACCAUGGGGACGGGCAGCACAGAGCAGCCAUCAACACCUACCUCGCUCUGGCUUCAACUGUGCUCACCACUGUGGCCAUCUCCAGCCUCUUCCAGAAACACGGGAAGCUAGACAUGGUUCACAUUCAGAACUCCACUCUUGCUGGAGGCGUGGCCGUGGGAACUGCAGCAGAGUUCAUGCUGAUGCCUUACGGGUCUCUGAUCGUUGGAUUCUGCUGUGGGAUCAUCUCCACUCUGGGCUACAUCUACCUCACGCCAUUCAUGGAAAAGUAUUUGAAGAUCCAGGACACAUGUGGGAUCCAUAACCUGCAUGCCAUGCCAGGAGUCAUAGGUGGUAUUGUGGGAGCCAUUACUGCAGCAGCUGCAACAGUAUCAGUUUAUGGCUCAGAAGGGCUUAUAAACACUUUUGACUUUGAGGGUGCUUUCAAAGACACUGCCCCCACUCGGCAGGGUGGUCUCCAGGCAGCAGGCCUCUGUGUGGCCAUCUGCUUUGGUAUCGGAGGAGGCAUCAUGGUUGGUUGUAUUUUAAGAUUACCUAUCUGGGGGGAUGCAGCAGAUGACAAUUGUUUUGAUGAUGAGCCCUACUGGGAGCUUCCUGAUGAUGAAGAAAGCAUCCCACCAAUCCUUCAGUACAACAACCACAUGCAGAACAAAGAAAUAGCGGAGUCUAACUUUACCAUGGAUCAGAACUAACUCCAGGCCCAUCACACUUGACCAACUUCUGCUGCUGAACACGGCUAUUCAUUCUACAUAAUAAUCAUUAUUAAUAACAUUAACAAAAGAUCAUAAACUGUUAAUUUUCAUACAGCGAAUUUACCGGCUCAUUUUUGUAAUUUGACAGGUUUGUAAACCAAAAAUUAAGAAUGAAAUUCAAGAAAUAAAAGAAUACGCCAGCUGGAUAAAGUCUAAGUAAGGGCAAUGAUCUUGAUACAAGUUGAAGGAUUUUCCUCAUUUCAACAAAAAGAAGAGGGUUAAUACUCUUUUCUUGUCUUUAAACAUAGAUGAAUAUGUAACUAACUGCUGAACUAAACAAUAUCUGUGCAAACAAAGACAUUUGAGCUCUUUUGAGGAAAACAUUUUCAAUAAUACUUUCUUGUAUGUUAGCUUUACAUCUUAAGUUGCACUUUAAGGACAUCCUGCAGGGGCGGUCACCUCUUAGUUUUUCUUUGUUUUCAUGUUUUCUAUUUGUGUGGUGUGACAGAUUGUCAGUAAUAUAUGAAGGGAAUGGGUGGACUUCAGUGUUGUCAGUUAAAUUUUCAGUGUAUAUUUUUGUUUAUAUUUUAGUUGCAUUUGUCCUCAUGAAGCCAAUGGAUGCAUGAAAAUGAGUUUGUGUGUCUUUAUUUAGAACUUGUUCAUUGAGGGGUAAUGAGAGUUAUGUAUCAUUUUAACAAUUUUGGAACUGUAAAUUACAAAAUUGGGAGCAAAGAUAUUUGUUCAUAAGUGUAUAAGUUAAGAUAUGAUUGUUUAGCGUUAUAAUUUUAUUUGUGUUAUUAAUCUUGUCCACAUGUGGCCUUUGUGAACAGUGGUACAUUAAUGGUCCUACUGUUAAACUUCCUGUUUGUCUCUGUUCAUUCAGAAUAAUAAAACGUCAUUGAUAAGCAAUGUAAUUGGAUCAAAUAUGUUGUGCUAGUUUGAUGUGAAUAUCACAAAUUAAGCAUU